GACAACGGGGCUUCCUGUCUCCGGCUCUGAAUGACAGUGGCGCAGCUCUGACGUCUGAGGGCUUGCGGCGGAUCGCCAGCGGCAACUGGACUGGCUUGAUGGACCUUCGUUACGAUCCCGACACGCUGGAAGUGCUCCAGGUCGCCGACCAUGGUAGCAACGCGACCUCCUCCAAGCCAUGGACGGUUUUCUUCAGCAGCAAGGGCAACAAGGUGGGCCAGCACCGAACGGAGCGACUCCGUGCUCGAUGCGCGAAGGAGGGCCUCAAGUGCAUGCGGCUGUCAUCUCAACCUGGGAAGAAGACACGUGCUCUGGCCGUGGAGUUCUUGGUGGGCUUGAAGGUCUGGGAGAAGGAUGUGCUGGGUGACGCAGCCAUCUUCGCCGAAGACGACACCGUGUUCAUCAGGAACUUCCGCAGCGAACUCCACAGAAGCAUCCAGCAGCUGCCAUCUACGUGGCAGGUCUUUUGGCUUUGUCCCGGCUUCCUCCACGCCCGCAGAGUUCCGAAGCCCAUCGGCUCUGCCUUCCAUCUGCAUCCAGAAGGCAAGCU